ACCCUUAUUUUUCCCCUCAAAAAUCUCUCCUCCCCUGCCUCUAGCUUUCUCAAUUUCUUCCCUCCUCACAAGAAACCCCCCCUUCUUAUGCCUAAUCAUAACCAGACAUUCGAUUUCUUUUCUUUUCUGAUCUUCUCUUUGUUACAGAUCCUCUCAGUUGUUACCCUCUAUUUGCCUCUUCUCACUGCUGCAAAUUAAAACGUUUGUCCUUCGUUGGAGAACAAAAUGGCAAAUUCAUCAUCUGGAAUGGCCAUGAACGAUGAGUGCAAGUUGAAGUUCUUGGAACUAAAAGCAAAAAGGAACCAUCGGUAUAUUGUCUUCAAGAUUGACGAGAAGACGCAACAGGUGAUUGUAGAGAAGCUGGGGAGUCCAGGAGCAACUUAUGACGAUUUCACCAACUCCUUGCCUGCUAAUGAAUGCCGCUAUGCUGUCUUUGAUUAUAAUUUCACUACGAAUGAGAAUUGUCAAAAAAGCAAGAUUUUCUUCUUUGCAUGGUCACCUGACACAUCAAGGGUGAGGAGUAAGAUGCUUUAUGCAAGCUCCAAGGACAAAUUCAAGAGACAGUUGGAUGGCAUCCAAGUUGAGUUGCAAGCAACAGAUCCAAGUGAGAUGAGCUUGGACAUCGUCAAAGGACGAGCUCUCUAAUUCCAUAUCACUACUUCCAUCAAAGGCAUUUUCCUUUACAAUUUAUAGUCUUUAUUUGUGAGAGUUAUUUGCCUGUUUUUAACUUUCUUUGUACCUCAAGUGAUUCCCAGUCUAACUGAUAAUAUAUAAUGGUAAAAGAAUCUCUCAGUUUUUUAGAUUU